GCGAUGUCGGAGGCGGUGGGCACGCCGGAGAGCGGCGGCGGGGGCGGGGUCAAGGAGCAGGAGCGGUUCCUGCCGAUCGCCAACAUCGGGCGCAUCAUGCAGCGCGGCGUGCCGGAGAAGGGCAAGAUCACCAAGGACCCCAAGGAGUCCAUCCAGGGGUGCGUCUCCGAGUUCAUCAGCUUCAUCACCAGCGAGGCCAGCGACAAGUGCAUGAAGGAGAAGCGCAAGACCAUCAACGGCGAUGACCUGAUCUGGUCCAUGGGCACCCUCGGCUUUGAGGACUAUGUCCAGCCCCUCAAGCUCUAUCUCAAGCUCUACCGGGAGGCAAUCGCUGCUGGUGAUAUGUGUGCCAUCUGCCAGGAAAAGAUGUAUGUUCCUGUCCUCCUUCGCUGUAAACAUAUUUUCUGCGAGGACUGUGUCUCUGAAUGGUAA